AUGGCUGGGCGUUUCCUGGAUGGUAUCACCAUCCGCGUCAACCAGUCCACUAGCCUUAUCAUCCUCACAAUCAAUGAGGAUGGGACUACUCGCCGAACCCAGCAUAGAAUAGUCCUGCAGCCUUUCUAUGGAGAUACCGAACGGCGAUUAACCGUCGAACGACUCCUAAAGUACCAAGGCACCGCCAAGAUCGACCUCAACCAAAUCUCUCUCCAGCCACUCAUAAGCCGUGAAAUUGACCAAAAGAAUGUGGAACGAUUACGUGAUAUCUUUGCUAAGGAUGGGUGCCAGCGACUCGACAUUCGAAAUCAUGUGACUGCUGUUGUCUCCAGGCAGCACCUCGAAAGAGCAUGCCGUGCCGCAGGACUGACCCCCGAAGAAUUUAAAACUUGUCAACCGCAAUACCCCCGCCUCCUUUUUCGUAGGCAUCAAGUACAAUGUCUCCAUGGGCAACAUAGAUUGAAAGCUGCUGAGGAAACCUUACCUCCCUCAGACCGGUGGUGGACGGUGGACAUAUAUCUGGAUGACAUAAGCCCUGAUCUAAGGACUGCACCCAUAGAUGAAUAUUCAAACGAAAAGGCUCCAACUGAUGGAGAAGUGUACCGGAAAAUCCGCCAGUAUCAGCAUGAGGCGAACGCGCUCUUUCAAAAUUCAUUUGACGCGUUACUUGCGAUCCCCGGGCUCUGGAAUGGGAUGAGCCUUGGGUUAUUAAACACAGUCCUUGCUUUAAAGUGUGAUGAAGAACUCAUUCACUACUUGACACAUGUAAAGAACUUUUGGGCAACCCUUGUCAACUAUGACCGCACUCGGAUGGCCCUUAUUGACCUCCACACCGUUGACACCCUGCAGCUCUACGCUCCCCGUGCGUCUAAAGUUGACCGGAAGACGGUGAAGGGGAAAAUCCUCGGCGGGGAGGUCUUCUCCAACUUUAGCCGGUCCGAACGUGCGGGAAUAUGGGAGAAGAUCCGGACCCAUGAAAUGUGCGACGGCAUCAUCCCAUCCCUUCAUACCUUUUUCCGCGAUAUUUCCUACUUGGAACUCUGUGCCAAUGCUGUGAAACGGCUGGUUGUUUUAAACAAGCAACAGCUGACCGUACGAAGCGCGCUAGUCCAUAGCUUUCGAUCUCGUCGCUCCAACGGAUCUUGUCUAAUCCAGACAUCGGAGACUUCUUUCCGACGACAGCCUGGAUCUAGGGAUGAACGUAUAUCCUCUGGUUAUCGUCAAAUCUGGAUGUACGCGAUGCGACACUACCCGGACAUGGCCAAGGAUCUUCAGCGCGGCCCAAAGGCUAAUCCCACGCGGGCAAAGGCACGAGCGACGGCGGACGAGAGCGUGAUUCAUGGAAUGGCCACCCUUGCCAAGCAGCUAGGAUUUCGUACUCCACCAAUUAAGGCGAUCCUACGACAAUCACCUGACCACCAGAUUGCCCGGGCUGCCCUGCUCAAAGCACGGAAGCCGGAUCACUACCACUAUGACCAUGAGACUUUCGAGUCUCUUGUUGAGCAGAUUGCUGGUUAUUUUGCGCUCGCUAUCCCAAACGAGGCCGCACCGGUGGCGCAUAUCACUGGACGGGCAAUUCAGCUAAAGGAGCGCUGUGGAGUGCCUCAGGAGCAAAUCCAGCAACUAGACCGUCCGCAUAUCUUCUUUGACACUCUACACUCGGCAACGGUGUCGCAAAGAAACCUCUCAUCGCUGGAGGUGAGACGAGGCGUUUACUACGCCUUUUUCGGCAAGCCCUCCCCAACAACCUCCCCACGUGCUUCUCCGGGGCAUCCAUCGUCCAGCGAGCCUCUUUCACCAUUGUUUAUCCCCAGUUCCGAGAUCAGAGUCGGAACCGGCAUAUGA